CAUGGGGAACCAGUUAACAGAAAUUGCCCCCAACACCCCAUUCCUCCCCAGCUUUCAGUCUUUACAUGUAGUAGUGAUUGGUUUGGACUCUGCAGGGAAAACCUCGCUCCUCUACAGACUCAAGUUACGGGAGUUUGUUGAGACGAUCCCCACCAAAGGCUUCAACAUGGAGCGGAUUAAAGUGCCCAUGGGGAACUCCAAAACCAACACCACCAUGUUCCAGGUUUGGGACGUCGGCGGUCAGGACAAACUGAGGCCCCUCUGGAAAUCAUACACCAGGAGGACAGACGGACUGGUAUUCGUGGUGGAUGCCGCUGAGGCAGAGCGAAUGGAGGAGGCCAAAGUGGAGCUCCACCGGAUCACCCGAUCAGCGGAAAAUCAGGGGGUGCCUGUGCUGGUUCUGGCAAACAAACAGGACCUGGAUGGAGCCAUGUCAGCUUCAGAGGUGGAAAAGGUUCUGGCUCUCCAUGAGCUGAGCUCAUCGACGCUACACCACACACAGGGCUGCUCUGCGUUGGAUGGUCAGGGCCUGCAGCCGGGUCUGGAGAAGUUAUACGAGAUGAUCCUGAGGAGGAAGAAGAUGCUCCGACACAGCAAGAAGAAGAGAUGAGGCAGAGAGUUGCAGCUGUGCUGGGGAUAGAGUUUACUUUGCAACCAUUCUUGUCUGUGGACUUUCUCAGCAGCCAUGUCUGUGAUAUUUUGGAACUUUGGUAAGUGAAACCAGAGAGAAGCUUGUCAGUCCUUCAGACAAGUUGGGAUGUCUAAACCAAGUUCAGACGAUGGCCUCAACAGUCUGUUCCAAAUAUUAACACCUUCCUUCACUCAUGAGACUUUUUGGCAGACGUUUGGGAUUACGUCUUCCCUCUCCUCACGUCCUAUCCUUAAGGGAGCACAGCAGAGAGACAUAAAGCUCCAGAGGGGGCAACAGAGGAAAACCUGUGCAAUAUAUGAUUAACAAUCACUGAUGCACUCACUCCAGCAUUGAAGGAUAUUUUGUACCAACCACUACUUGUUACAACUGUAGUGCCAACAGAAACCUGCAGGCCUGGCCCAAGCAUCGUUCCUGUUCCUUUCAAGUUUCAGUGUCACACUUAACCCCAUAUUUUUAUGUUGCAUGAUGUUCACCCACAUACCCUUUUGGGAAUAUUAAGACAACCCUUUUGUUGAUCAAAAGAAGACCAUUGUUAUUAUUCUAGGUUAGAAACUGCCCAAUGUUCAGUUAGGUAUGUCAUUGGGACUACAGUUAACAUGUGCCACAAAUGUGACAUUUACGGACUGACACAUUAAGGCUGCAGAAUUCAGCUGUGCAGGUUUAGAUUGUUUUUCACUCCUCACCAAAGUUGUUUGCUUGUCACAGUUGGGUGUAUUUCUGGGUUUGUUGAAUGGUUGGUUGGUAAGUUCAAACAAGAAAUUGUUUUUAUAUCGUGUACAUUUUGUUUUGUAAAAUGUUAACCUGAAUAAAUUAUUGAGCAACUUUGGCAUUA